AUGGGUCCGCUAAGGAGCAACAGCCGUUGCGCGCCCGCCGUCCUCGCGCUCGUUACAAUCACGUUCGCGACGCUCGCCGCGUCGCCGGCAUUCGCGGGGAAGAUCAGGCAGGUGUUCGCGUUCGGCGAUCAGGCGUUCGACACGGGCAUGAGCCGCUUCUUCAGCCAGUCCGUCUGGAAGGCCACUGCGCCGCCUUACGGCCAAGAUUGGGGCAAGAUAUCGGGCCGCUUCAGCAACGGCCGUCUCGUCCUUGACUUUAUCACGUUCCGCCUGGGUCUGCCGAGCCUCUUCGCGUACCACCGUAAGCCGCUCGUGUCGAAGCAGGGAACGAGCUUCGCGACUGCCGCGGCUGGCGCGCGAAACUGGGUGUACGCGGGGAAGACACGCAGCCUGCAGACCCAGAUAGCGUACAUGCAGGAGUACAAGGACAAGCGCCAGAACAACCCGCAAGUGAUGCUGGACCAAUCGCUGAUUAUGAUUAGCGCGGGAACCAACGACUACGUGUUGGCGCUUCUCGGGCAGUCGGGCGGGCAGAGCGUGGAGCAGGUGUUGUCUGCUACGACAGGGGCGAUAAUCAAAGCAGUGCAGGACCUCAACGCCAUGACCAAGACCACCAAGAUCGUGGUGUUCGACGUACCCCCCCUCGGGUGCAUCCCAGCCGUCCGUUACUUCAAGAAGACCCCCGCGGGGCAGUGUGAUGCGGCAGCGAAUAAGUUAGCCGACCAGCACAACACGGGGGUGCGGGUGAAGCUGGAUAAGCUGAGGCAGCAGGGGGUCACCAAUUUGAUACUCUUCAAACAGAGCACCGUGUAUCGAGUCAAGGGCACCACUGCAGGUGGUUUCAUUGACCAGACGUCAGUUUGCUGCGAAGGUAAAACACCCAGCGGAAAGCUGAUAGCAUGCGGGCAGACGGUGAAAGAGGGCGGCAAGAGCUACAGUGCAACGGCUUGCAAGGACCCGACCAAGUACGUGUGGUGGGACUGGUACAAUCCCACAGAGGCAUUUAAUGAAGUGCUGUCGGGUAUUUUGUGGCACAGCAACAGUGUUUCGUAUGUGUCUCCGUUCGGACUGAAGGCUAUCGUUGACAAGUAG